AUGAUGCUUGACGCCAAUGCUAGGUUCACUCUGGGACGUGACUGUGAGAUGCCUUGCAACAAUAAUGCGGAAGCGUUGACAGUUGUGUUGGCUGAAUUCGGCCUGUGCCGCUCCAGAGCAUAUGACGAAGGCGGUGCCGCUCGCCAAACUUGGCGGCCCCCCGACGGUUCGGCAGCUGUCUGUCUGGAUUACUUGAUGUGGCCUGCAGCUUGGACGGACAGUUUCCAGGAUAUCGGGGUGCGACCCAUCCUCGAUGAGCAUGUUGGAAUUGACCACUCCCCUGUGCUUGCCGAAGCGCAGCUGCACCUCACUGUGCCUGCCUGUAGACCCGGCCGGGUCGAUCGAGCUGCUAUGGGCACUCUUGAAGGCAUUGCCAAGCUGGAACAGUUGUAUGCCUCUGCCCCCGUCAUUCCCUGGUGCGCUUCCCUCAAUGAUCAUGUUGCUGCCAUCAAUGAGCAUCUUCAGAAGGGUAUCGCGUCACUUUUUCCUGCUGUCCAGCAGAGUCCGCGUAAGCCUUCGCUCAGCGCACAUACUUGGAGCCUGCUCAGGGCCAAACGUGCACAGCGGCGCUGCUUCCGCAGGCAAAAGGCUCUGUUCACUAGGUGGGUUGUUUUUCGCUGCUUUUCUGCAUGGGCGCGGGGACCUGAUACCCGGGGCUUGCGCGCACGCGUCAAAGCUUUCGAUCGCCUUGCUGCUCAACAUGCCCGCAGCGUCAGGUGCCUCACAAUUGAAGCCCGCCGAUCGCAAAAGCAGGAUGAUGCAGCCUUUGCUAGGCAGUCUUUCCAGGAGGCGCGUGAGCGGGGACCUGAUGUCCUGGCCAAGCAGAUCCGGGCAGUGCUUAAGUCCGGUCGAAGCAACCGCAUUGCUGAAGUCGCUGUUGAAGUUGAGGCCGCGGGAGAGCGGCUGUCCGAGCCGGCCCGCGUAAAGGCGGCUUUUGCUGAGUACUUUGGCAAAGCCGAAAAGGCGAUGCCCACGCCUUUGUCGGAAAUGCAUCAUACGUGUGCCAGCGAGCCAGGACCUGAUAUCCUCCUGGAGGAGAUACCGAGCCUUUCUGCGGUCGUGGCGGCAUUUGCGUCCCUGAAGUCGCACAAGGCGGCCGGGAUUGCACAGAUUCCGGCGGAGGUGUACAGCCGUUGUCCAAUGCAGGCCGCGCUGCUCCACAUGCCAGUGCUGUUGAAGAUUUGCAGCCGCCGCCACUUUCCGACUUUGUGGGCAGGAAUGUUGGCAUGCGCUCUUCCCAAACCCAAUAAACCUCGCGACAAGCUCGAAGGAUAUAGAUCUGUGGCACUGGUUGAGCCCUCAGCCAAGGGUAUACUCAAGGCGACCCGCCCUGCCCUGAACGCGGGUUUUGAGCGCGUGGCUCUGCCUACGGUGGGAGGGGCGCGCAAACGCCACCCUGCUGACUUGGCUGCCCUGAGUGCUCAAUGUCACAUGUCCAGACUGAAGCGUCAGGGGCGAUCCGGUGCUAUCCUGUACCUGGACGGGGUCUCGGCAUUCUAUGCUGUGCACCGUGGACAUCUGUUUGGGGGGGAUCUGUCCGACCUUCACGCGCAUAUACAAUCCCUUCACCUGGAGCCCGAGGUUCGCAGGCGUGUGAUCCAGGCCAUUGGAGACCGUGGGGCGCUUGAACGGGCAGGCAUACCCGUUGGAACGCAGCAACUGCUCAAUGCCGCUUUUGCCUCCACGUGGUUUGUCGUCGACACCACCCAAGAGGUGGUACAGGCCACCACACGGGGGACGACCCCCGGAUCACCCCUGGCAGAUAUAUUGUACCAAUUUGUUUCCGAAGCCUCAGUUCGUUGCCUAUCUGAGCACUUGGCCUCGGAGAAUCUUGCGGCGGUUUGCGGAGGAGGCGGCCCUGCUGCAACUUCCUUACCACAAUCAUGGUUAGAUGAUGUAGCGCUGUUACUCGAGGCCCAGAAUGCUAUGCAGGUUGGGCCAGUUGUUGCUAGGGCUGCUUGCUUGGCGCAUCAGUACUUGGCGGUGACUGGCGUGGACAUCAACUAUGCUGCAGGCAAGACGGAGGCAGUGCUCCUUUUUGCUGGUGCCGGCAAAUCUCAGGCUCGACAGAAGAUCUUUGUUCAAGAUCAAGGCUGCCUGCAGAUUGCCUUGCCCGGGGCUGUCCUGCACCAGUUGAGAUGCGUUGGCGAUUACACGCACCUUGGCACAGUCCGUACACACAACGCAUCUUGUGAAGCUGCAGUGUGCAGGCGGGAGCAGCUCACCCGAGCCAUCUACCAGCCCUUCAAGCGACGCAUCCUGGCCAAUGAUGCUCUGACCUGUCGUGAGAGACAGGAAAUGUUCAAAGCAAUGGUGCUCGCUAAGUUCUUGCAUGGGGUCGGGACUUUUGAGCUUGGGAGUCGGCAGGCCCUUGAGCUUUUCAGUCGCAAGUACAUGGGCCUUGUCAGGGGGGCCGUCAGGCCUAUCUACAAGGUCCCGUGUCGCCGACUCAACGAUGCGCAGGUCUGUGCGCUGCUGGAUGUCUGUACCCCACAGGAGGCCUUGGAUAUCGCUACAGUGCGAACCUGGGCGUAUGUAGUGGCCAAGGGAGAUGAGUACCUGCAGGCGUGUGUGCAGGGAGCCGACUGGCUAAAAGCCCUUGGUUCUGCCUUAUCCCGUGUCGCGAUUGGGACAGGCAACACCCAGCUGGCUGCCAUAGCUAAAAGUUGGAAUGCUGACAAGGGCGUUGACGUUAGCUUCCCCUUUUCUGUGGCACAGACUAGGAACCUGUUGCGCACAUUUCGCAGGCACUGUGUCAUGAGCAGACGGAACCAGGUUGAGGCAGCGCUGAGAAAGGCCCGCGCACAUCAAGCUGCUGCAGAUGCCGGCCUUGCAUACUACCAUGUAGAGCGUAGUUGUGCCCAGAAGCCCCGGAGCCAUAUUUGCCCCGAGUGCACCCUGGCCUUUGAGACGGCGGCGGCCCUGGGGUCGCAUAGGGCCAAGACGCAUUCUAUGGCUGCAGCUAGUGCACACGGCUUCGGGACAGCAUGUGAAGCCUGCCGUAGACAAUUUUGGUCUACGGACAGGCUCCGAGAACACCUUCGGAAGGCUACCAGGUGUUCUAGGGUCUACGUUGAGGCAGAUUGGACACCAGGGAAUGCCCGCGAGACCCUGGCCGAGUCUACGGUCCCACCCGUGCCUCUGGUUGGACCAGCACCCUGGUGGUCCGUGCAACACUUUGAAGAUGUAGCUCGCAGUUUCGAGAAUCCUGCAGGUCCUGAUCCGGUGGCCCUCUUGCCUACCCUGGCUGAUGUGUUCCACCUUGAGCCUUUCCUUCGAACAUGGACCCAUGCAGUUGAGUCUGGCUGGGAGCCUCCACUCUUUAUCCCCCAAGCUCGGGCCGGGGAUGUCGCCCUGCUUGCUGUGCAGAUUGCAGAGGCGCUAGGUUCUUCUGAUGCGCGAGUUUUACAGCUUGGUGAGCUCGCAGCCAUUGUUUGCGGGGACACGGUCCUCUGCGGGCACGCAGGCAAGGUGCGCGAAGCGUACGCUGGCUAUUGGCGUGACCUCUAA